CCGAUGUAUUAAAUUGGAGCAUGAUCAAGAGACGUUUUACUGUUUCUUGUUUCGACAUGUUUUUCAUGGCGUACUCCAACACACAACCACGUGGAGGGAUCCUCCCGCUUAGUGCUGUUGGUGGUGAGUCCCACCAACCCCCCCCCCUCGAGAACACACAGGCGGAAUAUGCACGAGUGGCUGCCAAAGAAGUUACCCGUAUUUUUCGGUUAAGAUCCCUCCGAAGGAGUUCUUCCCUGGAGGCUGGUGGGACGAGGUCACCGACAAAUAUGAAUGGCUUAAGGAUCAUGCAUGGCCCAGCAAGCCUGCCCAAGCCCUCAUCGCCACCAUGAAGCCGGAGAUCCUGGGGGCAAUUAAAGGACUGAUCGAGACCGGGGGAUUCCCCAACUUCUUCGCUAUGAUAGGUUUUACCGAUCUCGCCAAUCUUGCAUGCGCCUGGAACAAGGGUAGGGAAGCGUUCGACGCUAGGCUCAGGGGCAUGGCGACGGAGCUCGAACAGAGGAAGAUAGACUACGGGAGGGAAUGCACGAAACUGCCAGCUAGGACUGCACGGACAGAAAAGAUUUUCCUGAAAAUCUGGGGCCUGGAUCACUCGCACCUCCAAGCGAAAAACGUCGAGGUACCGCCAACCGGUUGCACAGUGGCUGACGCCCUAGCCAUGGAUGACGAUGAACUAGCGCAGAUGAAUGAGGCCAUCGCCGCCAUAACCGCUUCCGCUAGCUAUUCUCAUGAGAAACCCUCCUCGCAGGGAAAGCAGUACACUGCUUUUGCCCCCCUCUCGUCGCAACACUGGACAAAGCACACAGGGAUAAGAUUCAGACACACCCUAUGGAAGCUUGAGACAUUUAACUAUCUCGCUCCUUUUUCCAUGAACGCACUGGUGUUCCUCGCUAACCUCACGAGCGAAGAAGUCGCUGCCUGCAAAGCGAACGCGAUGACAGGAUCCUUACCAUACUGCCCACCUGGGAAACCCUCUUUCAACCCGACCAUUCUGAAGUUUCCUAUGUUGUCGUCACUAGAUCACACGAAGUGUGAGCAUACGACACCGGUCAUGUGGCAGAAAAAGAUCAAGACGACGCCCGAAGUCGAUCUGAAGGGACUGAGGAAAUGUUGGAAUGUGGGACGUCCUUACCUUAGAUGCAGAUGCGCCACGGAAAGGAAGGACUGUGGCGCCGACCCGAUAUGGGUUGAUCCCGCGAUCUGGUACUUGCUCACGCACCCUGACACCCUUUUUCCCAACAUCACAUCCAUAAAGGUUAAAAUGUCCACAUUCAUUCAUUUCCUGCACGUCUCAUGGAAACCAGCCAUCGAGGCAUGUCUCACCCUUAUGUUCAUUCGCCAGUUCAUGACCGAUGCCAUACUGGCUCUCGAGAAAGACGCGAAUCUCACUGCUGAAUCGGUUAUCGGAAGGGAAAACUGGAAGUACAACACGACAAUCACGAUCGGCAGGGUGCUCCUGCCCACGAGAAUCACGGGCAACCCUAGGGUCAGGGCACGUAAUUCCCCAAACAACCAAGGGGGCGCCCAGAAGAGACAACGCAAUAACUUCCCGAUCGUUGUCUCGCCAAGACAGAGGGUCCUCCCCUUCGAACCUAGGAUCGGACAACAGGAGCGAGAUGCGAUGAAUCAACCCCGGGAUAAGCCCCGCCAGGACAGGCGAGGGGAGGAGGAGCAAAGGAACCCAAGGGCAGAUGGCAGCCCCCCCAAUGCAGAGCUGAUGGGGGAUAGAGGGCUGCACAACAUGGCGAUCGGGGUGCGACAGAAUGGACCAAGCACGAGAAGCAUGAGCGUUGCUGGCAAGUCUUCGUCUUAGAUUGGCUCAACCAUCUCCACUGCUGAAUCAGCAAGAUGGAGGGCUGGAGGGAAGGGCGCGUCCAGCAGCAAGAAGGCCAGAAGGGACUACAUCGGGCCUCCUUAAGAGGGUCCGUGCGCUCCGGGCCAAGCACGGCCGAUCCUCGUUUGGAUUGGUUGCCCCUCACACCUCUUCCAUGACCAAUCUACGAGCCCGGUCCUUAAUCCGUUCCUGUGUCGAUAUUUCUUUAUUUUUCUAGGCUUUAUUCGUUUUAUUUGCUUGUUUUUUUUUCUUAUUUUUUUUAUUUUUUUUUUCAGUUUCUGAAAGAAGGAAGUUCAGGGAGACAUAUAAAUAAAAGAAAUUUUUCCGU